AUGGCGUCUGCAUUGACGGAGAGUCAAGUUCAAGACACCACGAAUCGUUCUGAAUCGCCAACGUUCAGCGCGAACGUCGAAAUGACCACACAAGAUUUGGACAGGCAUAUUGAGAAAUUGAUGAGAUGCGAGCUGAUUUCCGAGCAGGAGGUGAAGACACUUUGCGCAAAAGCGCGUGAAAUAUUAGCAGAGGAGGGAAAUGUGCAGGUUAUCGAUUCUCCUGUUACGAUAUGCGGAGACAUUCAUGGACAGUUCUAUGACCUCAUGGAGCUGUUCAAAGUCGGUGGAGCGGUGCCAAACACAAAUUACCUAUUCCUAGGUGACUUUGUCGAUCGUGGCUUCUAUUCUGUGGAGACAUUCCUCCUACUUCUAGCUUUAAAAGCAAGAUAUCCCGAUCGAAUGAUGCUGAUCCGCGGAAAUCACGAGAGUCGCCAAAUUACACAAGUCUACGGGUUCUAUGACGAAUGCCUUCGAAAAUAUGGAAGCCCUUCCGUCUGGAAACAUUGCACCGAGGUUUUCGAUUAUUUGGCGCUAGCCGCUGUUAUCGAUGGCAAGGUGUUUUGUGUGCACGGCGGACUUUCGCCAUCAAUCAGCACAAUGGAUCAAAUCCGAGUAAUAGACAGAAAGCAAGAGGUUCCCCAUGACGGCCCGAUGUGCGAUCUACUCUGGUCGGAUCCCGAAGAAGGAAAUGUUGGUUGGGGUUUGAGCCCAAGAGGCGCCGGCUAUCUUUUCGGCGCCGAUGCUUCAAAAACAUUUUGCGAAUCGAAUGGUGUGGAUUUGAUCUGUCGCGCGCAUCAAUUGGUCAUGGAAGGCUACAAGUGGCACUUCAAUGAGAAGGUGUUAACCGUCUGGUCGGCACCAAACUAUUGCUACAGAUGUGGAAAUGUGGCCGCAAUUCUGGAGCUCGAUGAGAAUCUUGGCAAAGAGUUCACUAUCUUCGAGGCGGCACCACAAGAGAAUCGCGGAGCGCCGGCGAAAAAGCCGCAAGCCGAUUAUUUCUUAAUGCUUCGAGUACUCUCGCGACAGACGACAAGCCUUGUUCGUGGAUUCAGCUCGGCUUCUGGUACGAAGCCAGUGCUCGCUGAUGAGCUGAAGAAGAGAAUCGAUGGGUACGUGAAGGCUGAUGAUGUUGUGGUGUUCAUGAAGGGAACCCAACAGGAGCCGAUGUGUGGAUUUUCGAAGAAUGUGAAAUUGGUUCUCGACUUUCACAACAUCAAAUUCAAGGACUACAACGUGCUUCAAGAUCAGGAGCUUCGCGAGGGCAUCAAAAUCUACAGCGAAUGGCCGACAAUUCCGCAGGUCUACGUGAAGGGCGAAUUCGUUGGCGGUUGCGACAUCAUGGUGCAAAUGCAUAAAGAAGGCGAGAUUAGCGAUUUUUUCGAUGAGAAGGGUAUUCCAAAUAAAUACGGAAAGCAAUAG